AUCUCCCCGCCUUUACUUAAAAAAAUAAAAUAUCUCCCAUUCCCCUCUAGUUACCACACUAUUUCUGUUCCCUGCUGCUGUUCACGCAACUUCCCAGCCCUUACUUUCUCACAGUUCCAUUUUGAUCACAUUUCAGUCAGACUUCGGCCUCCGCCAUUCCACCAAAACUCUCUUGAAUGUCAUCAGUGACCUCCAUGUUGCAAAUCCAGCAGUUAGUUCUCAGUUCUCAUCUGACUUAGCAGCAGCAUUGAUCCAUUUGACCAUGCUCCUCCAUGAAACACUUUCCCCUCUUUCUUCCAAGUGUCCACACUUUCUCAGUUGAACUUCCUUUUUUCCAUGGCUAGUCCUUAUCAAUCUUACUUGCAGAUGCCUCUUCAUUGUCCUGACCUCCAAAGGCACAGCCCUCGGACUUUUUCUCUGUCUACAUGCACUCUCUUGCCUCAUUCAGUUUCAUGGCUUUAAAUAUUUAUAUUUUCUGUCAACUACUGAAUUUAUAUCUCCAGUGUGAACCGCUCUCCUGAACGCGAGACUCAGUGUCCAACUACAAAAUAUCUGAUAGGCAUAUCAAACCAAACCUAUCUAAACUGAGCUCCCUAGCUCACCCCUACUCCCAACCAAACUUUCUUUUUCCUCAGUCUUCCUUAUCUUAGUAAGUGGCAACUCUUCUUUCUGUUGCCCAGGCCAGAAGCCGUGUUCGUUUCUUCUUUCUCUCACCCUCCACACAUCCAGCUGUCAGGAAAUGCUGUCAUCUCUACCUUAAGUACACCCAAAAGAUGAACACUUUUCACCACCUCUACUGCUACCACGCUGGCCCAAGUCUUCAUCAUCUUUAUAUUGUAGUAGUCUUCUAACUGGUCUCCCCACGUUUCUCCUUUCUCCCCUAUAAUCUAUCCUCCAAACAACAGCCGAUAAAUUAUUUAAAACUGUAAGUGUGAUCAUGUUGCUUUCUUGCUCUAGUGUCUCCAGUGCUUCCCUAUCUCACUUACAGAGGCUUAUCAGCCUCUGCAUGAUACAGGCCGCCUGUUACCCCUGACUAAUCUCUUAUUGCUCUCUCACUCGCUGUAGUAACCACUCCAGUUUUCUUGUUCUUACAUCUGAGUUUUGCAAUUGUCCUUCCUACAAAUAGCCACAUGACUUGCUUCUUUACCUCCUUUAGGUCUUUGCUGCAUUGUCAUUUUCUCAUGGCCUUCUCUGGCCAACCUGUUUUAAAUUGCCACUGUUUUCCCCUGCCUCACCCUGCCAGCACUUCCUAUCACUUCAUUCCUUUAUUUUUCUGAUCAUCAUCUGAUACAUAUUUUACUUAUUUGUCUGCCCUUCGUUCCAAGAUAAAGCUGCACAAGGAAGGGAAUGGUUGUAUGUUUUGUUCACACUCAUGUAUCCUCAGCACCUAGAACAGUGCCAGAAAACAACUGCUCAGUAAACACUUGUUGAAUGAAAAAUGAAUGUUCAAAAAAAAACUCCAUUGUAAUUUGGGUUGCAUACCCCAAUAUAUAUUUAAAAAGAUGGGAAGUGGGAUGGGGGAAAGACAGAGUGUAGUAGUUACUGACUUUACCUAAUACACCCUUCCCUUGUUCCCUCCUAACCAGAGAGAUGGGUAGAUGACUCAAGUUGGGGCAAUUUUUGUAUUCUGUCCUUGUGGUGCCCUGGUCCUGGGAUGGCCAUGUGAUCCAAGCCAGACCAACUUGGAGGGCUUCCCCUGGGGUUUUGAUAUUUCUCACUGGAGCUGGAAUAAAGAAAUAUUUCAAAUCUUGUCAUGGAUCCUCUUAGCCAUUAACGAACCAAUAGACUAAAGAUAAACAGCCGUACACUAUAGUAACAUAAAGAAAGACUGAGUAGCCCAGGUACACACUAUAAUAACAUAAAGAAUAAGAGUCUUGUUGUGUGCCAUUGAGUUGAUUGCAACUCAUAGUGACCCUGUAUGACAGAGUAGAAAUUCCCCAUAGUAUUUUCUUGGCUGUAAUCUUUAUGAGAGCAGAUUGCCAGGUCUUUAUCCUGUGGAGUGGCUGGGUGGGUUUGAACUGCCAGACUUUUGGUUAGCAGCUGAGUGCUUAACUAUUGCUCAUUGGAAUAAGACUAAAUAUCAGUAUUAGAACUCUGUAUUCUCCAAACAGAUAAUAUACCAAGUUAUUACUGCCUUUGAAACAUUUAGAAAAAUUAACCAUGUACUAGCUCAUAAAAAAUUAAUAAUACAAAAAGAGAUAUUUGAGCAGAUACAAAGGAGAUUCAGAAAAUUUCAAGUAGACUCUAUAUAAAGUUCUACAUAAAUAAACUAAAACUUGCAGUGUACGAGACACUACUCUCUCAGGUACCUAGUGCUGCUAUAACAGAAGUACUACAAAUGACUGGAUUUAACAAGCGGGGAUUUAUUUUCUCACAGUUUAGGAGGUUAAAAGUCAGAAUUCAGGGUGCCAAUUCUAACAGAAGGCCUUCUGCCUCUGUCAGCUCUGGAGGAAGGUCCUCGUCUCUUCUGAGCUUCUACUUCUGGGUAGUCUUCAUAUGGCUUGGGAUCUCUCUUCCCCUGUCUCUGCUCUGCUCACUUGUUUAAUCUGUUUUAUAUGUCAAAAGAGAUUGACUCAAGAUACACCUGCACUAAUCUUGCCUCCUUAACAUAACAAAGACAGCCUGUUUCGUAAUGGCGAUUAUAACCACAGGCAUAGAGGUUGGGAUUUACAACACAUAUUUUUGGGGGGCACAACUCAACCCUUAACAACCAAAGAAGGCUAUCUUGACCUGGUGGGCCUGUUUGCUUUCCUGAUAAAUUCUUUGUAACAUUCAUAAAACCAAAAAACCAAACCCAUUGCUGUCAAGUCGAUUCUGACUCAUAGUGACCCUAUAGGACAGAGUAGAACUGUCCCAUACAGUUUCCAAGAAGUGCCUGUGCAUUCGAACCGCUGACCUUUUGGUUAGCAGCCGUAGCUCUUAACCACUAUGCUACCAGGGUUUCCUGUAAUGUUCAUAGAACAAUUAAUUUCAUGCUACAUAACUUCCAAGGCUCAGAAGAGAUAAAUAUGUGUACACACACACACGCAUAUAUGCUUUAAGAGGCUUAUGUAACGCUCGUUAAAAGUUAACAGCCAACAAUAUUUUUAAAAUAUUCACUGUCAGUAAAAAUCCACAAAUAAGAUUAAAAAAAAAAAAAAAAUUAUCUACUGUGACCAAAUAGGGCUUAAAGAAGGCAAAGAUGAUUGGGGAUUUUUUUUGCAUAAACUAUUUCUCAUCAGUAAUUAAAAAAAAAAAAUUUGAACUCAGAGUCCAGUGGGACAUUUAAUAACAUUCAGCACCCAUUUUUGGUAAUCUUUUAGGAAUAUUAUUUUGUUAUUAUGGUACUAAAUAUUUGUUUUCAGCCACUAACCCAUUGUAUAUUAACAGCAAAAGCCCACAAAUAUUUCCCCCAAAAUCGGGAGUAGUGUUAUGAUGCCCAUUAAUAUAGUUGUAUGAAUUGUAGCCAAUGCAAUAAGACAGGAAAUAUAAGUAACAAGUAUAGUUAUUAAACAAAGAGAUAACAUUAAAUUUUUAUAGGCAAUAUGAUAAUAGAACUAUGAAAAUACAAACUAGAAAAUCAGUUAUAAAACUCUUAGAAUUAAGAGAAUUCCAGGAAGUAGUUGGAUAAAUUAUAUAGAGUCAAUAGCAAUACUUGAAGCUUAAAUGAGACAAUUGGUUCCAUUUCUAGUAGAUACAAAGAAGCCAACGUGCCAGGAUUGACUCAAAGAAAGAAUGUGUAUUUACUAAAUUUUCUGCAGUAAGUGUAUAUAGUUUUAUUAUCAGAAAAUAAGUAAUAAACUUCUUAAGGAAGCAAGAUACAAGAUUUUAAUACUUAGGGGUAAGAAAAAUCUAGAGCUAGACCCCAGGUUCUGCUGAAUUUUGUCCGUGAUAGGCUUUCCAAGAUGACUCAGUAAGAAAAUUCGAAUGGCUUUGAGGACUUUAGUGUAAGGACAAUUAAAAGUAAAAUGAAAUUUCAAUCAUUUAUAUGAAAUCUCAGUCAUUUCAAACUAUGUUUGAAAUUUCUUCUGGAAUAUACUUGAGUUUUCUUUUGCAGGGUUUGAUUAUAAGUUCUUAGGUAAAAAAUAGAUCUUGAUAUUUUUAAUAAAUGAUUUCAAGGCCCAUUUUGUUACUGAGGACCUGGAGGACUCUAUCAGAAUUCAUUUCUAGGCUCUCCUUUUAAAGCAAUAAAUUAGGCAGCAGACAACAUGGUAGAGAGCAUCCUUGAAUUUUGGCUGUAAUGCCAAUAAGUAUAUGGUCAACCAUGAACAAGUUAAUGAACUUUUCUUAGCCACAGUUUUGUCUUUGAUAAAAUUUAAAUAAAAAUACCUAUUAGGCUUAUGAGUAUUAAUUGCAGUGAUAGCCCGUUAAAGAAGGAAUCUUCAAAUUUCUACUGUAAAGGGCCAGAUGGUAAAUAUUUUAGGCAUUGCAAGCCAAAUGGUCUCUGUUGCAACUACUCAACUCUGCUAUUGUAGUGUGAACGCAGCCGUAGAUAAUAUGCAAUUGAAUGGGAGUGGCUGUGUUCCAAUAAAACCUUAUUUACAAAUAAAAAAAAUAAGCAGUAAACCAGAUUUGGCUUGUGGGACCAUAGUUUGCAGACUUCUUGCUUUAAAGGAUCAAAUUGUUCUGGUAGCUUAACUGUGUCCCAGAACAAAGCUUAACUGUGUCCCAGAGCAAAGCUCUUUAUGUUUAAAGAAAUACAAAAUAUUCAUUAACCAACAAGGUAAAAGUGCACAAUGUCUAGCGUUUAAUUAAAAUUUACCAGGCAUUCAAAGUAGUGUAAAAAUUAAAUAGCGAAGAGAAAAAUCAAUACAGGCAGACUUAGAAAUGACACAGAUGGUAGAAUUAAUAAACAAAGAUACUGAAAUAGUUAUUAUUACUGUGUUCCAUAUAUUCAAGAUGAUAGAGGAAGCAUAAGCUUGUUAUGGAGAGACAUGGGAGUUAUAAAAAGACUCAAAUUGAACUUCUAGAAGAGACAAACAUCUAAGAUGAAAGCUACACUGGGUGGAAUUAAUGGCAGACUGGACACCACAGAAGAAAAGAUUCAGGGAACUUGAAGACAUAGCAGUAGAAAAGGGGGGAAAAAAAACUUAACAGAGCAUUAUUGCACUGUGGGACAACUUCAGGUGGCCAAAUAUAUGUGUAAUUGGAGUACUCAAAGGAGGGGUGGGUAUAGUGAUAUUUGAAGAAAUAAUAGCUGAAAAUUUUCCAAUUUGGGUGAGAACAAUAAUCCCACAAAUCUAAGAAGCUCAACAAAUUGACACUUAUAGAACACUCUACCCAACAACAGAAGGAUACACAUUCUUAAGUACACCCAGAACAUUUAUCAAGAUAAACCAUAUUCUGGGCUAUAAAACAAGUUUCAGUUUAAAAGGAUUCAAAUUACAUAAAGAAUAUUCACAGACCAUAAUGGAAUUAAACUAGAAAUCAAUAACAAAUAAGUAUCUGGGAAAAUAGUUUGUAGCUUUUCCAAAUAACCCAGGGGCACAUUUUGGACCAAAAAAUACACAUUUUAACAAAUUUCAAAGAACACAACUCAUACAAAGUAUACUUUCAAACCACAACAGAAUUAAACUAGAAAUCAAUGACAGAAAGAUAGCUGGAAAAUUCCCAAAUGUUCUGAAAUUAAACAACAUACUUCUGAGUAAUUUAUGAGUCAAAGAAGAAGUCUCAAGAAUAGUUAAAAAAAUAUUUUGAACUAAAUGAAAAUAAAAGUCUAGUUUAGCAAAACGUAGAUUGCAGCUAAAACACUGUAUAGAUGGAAAGUUAAUAGCAAUAAAUGCAACUAAAAAAAUAAAUAAAGAUCUUUUAAGUUUCUACCUUAGGAAACUAGAGAAAGAAGAGCAAGUUAAACCUAAAGCAAGCAGAAGAAAGUAGUAAAGAGCAGACGUCAACAAAAUUGAAAACAGUCAACAAAAUGGGGAAAAUCAAUGAAACCAAAAGCUGGGUUUUUGAAAAGAUCACUGAAAUGAUAAGUCUCUAGCCAUGCUGACCAAAAAUAAAAAAGAGAAGACCAAGGCAUAGAUUACCCAUAUCAGGAAUGAAAGAAGGGCCAUUAUUACUUACCCUAUUGACUGUACAGGACUAUUAAGGGAAUGCUACAAACAGCUCUGUGUCCGCGAAUUUGAUAUCCUAGAUGAAAUGGACCAAUUUCCUGAAAGAUACAUACAAAUUACCAAAACUUACUUGAGAGAUAGCUAGCCUGAAUAGACCUACAUCAAAGGAAGUUGAAUUCGUUAAGUUAAAAACCUUCCAGAAAAGAAAACACCAGUACCAAAAGGUUUCACUGGUGAGUUCUACCACACAACCCAUGGGUCAAAAAAGAAACCAGAAGAAAUGAAAAUGAAAACAUAAUAUUUCCAAAUGACCCGGAUACAGCUAUAACAGUGCUUAGAGGGAAAUUUUCCCUGCUGCAUGCCUAUGUUAAUCCACCAGGCGCUCCUUGGAAACCCUAUGGGGCAGUUCUGCUCUGUCCUAUAGGGUCACUAUGAGUAGGAACGGACUUGAUGGCACCUAACACCACCUGGCUGUAUUAGAAAAGUAUGGUCUCAGUGACUUGGUGCAGGGGAUUGUCUUAAUUGUCUUCACCUACUUAAAUGUCUUUCAUUAAAAAGUUGGUUUUAUGCCAUUGGAGAAGACAGACUUAGGGGUGGUUACAAAAAGGUGGCUUAGCUCUUUGUGGGAAGGAGACAUUUCAUCAGAAUUCCCCAGCUAUGGGCUGAGUUUCUUUAGCAAGACAUGUUCCUUUACAUAUAUUCUUAAGGGUUCGUCACAGCCCUUAAUUUCUCAGGUAAAUGGUAGGGAAGAAAAAAAUAAUUCUCAAUAUUAAUAGAUAAAAACAUAUUUAAAAUGGUAUGUUAUAUAACAGGUAGCACAACAUAAGAAAGAACAGUAAUCUUUAAAAUCACAAAAUUGUAGAGUGAGAAGGUACCCUAAAUGCUAUUUAGUCAAACAGUGGCCUUCAAUAGUCAUCAGGAUCUUGGAUGAAAUUUAAAAAAGGAACCAUUUACGUUUACAAAUGAACAAGCCCAGUGAAGGAUAACUAAAUCAUUAAAUGACAUACUCAGGAUUCAGAGAAAAUCUCAUCAAGCUCAAGGCCAACCAGAAAUAUUAUGCGAUGUCUUCUGUACUAGAUAAAAAGUUAAAUUAAAUGUCAUUUCCUCUCUAAAUCAUCUCCUGGCUGUCCCAGCAUUAGUGGCCUCUGUCUCUGUCUUUUCAGCUCUGUACUUUUACAGGAAACCCUGGUGGUGUGGUUAAGAGCUACGGGUGCUAACCAAAAAGACUGGCAGUUUGAAUCUACCAGGCACUCCUUGGAAACCCUAUGGGGCAUUUUUCUCUGUCCUUUAGGGUAGCUAUGAGUCGGAAUCGACUCGAAAGCAACGGGGUUUUUUUUUUUUGGUACUUUUACUGUACUACCUACAACAGUACCACCCAUGGAUAGGAUGUUUGUGGAAAAUGAGACAAGGAGUAAAAAAUAAGAUGUGCUGUUUACCACUGGCAGUCUUUUCUUGUGCUAGAAAAUUAUCUGUUUUUCUUAGUUGUAUGAGGGUCAAAUGAAGUAAGAUAAGUAAAGCACUGUCUAUGUACACCAAAUAAUAUCCCUAUAUGUAUUCUUUGGAAACCCUGGUGGCGUAGUGGUUAAGUGCUAUGGCUGCUAACCAAAGGGUCAGCAGUUCGAAUCCGCCAGGCACUCCUUGGAAACUCUAUGGGGCAGUUCUACUCUGUCCUGUAGGGUCGCUAUGAGUCGGAAUCGACUCAACGGCACUGGAUUUGGUUUGGUUUUUAUGUAUUCUUCUCUUCAUGUGGCAGCAGUCUUGUGACAUUCUUCCUAGCAUACUAACACAUUUCUACUUAAAUGGCUAAAUGGCAAGAAGUAAAGCAGAAAUGCACAGAAAAACCAUAUUGCUGCUUUAUAGCAAAUAAGGGUUUGCCUCGGUUAGCUUUUUAAAAGAUCGUGUUUCUGUUCUGUACGGUAGAUUCUCUUUUAUGACAGUUUGAUCUUGGUUCAUUAGUUGGCCCCCAUAAAUGUUGACUCGAGUGCUAAAAAUGUUAGCCCUAGAGUGGGAUCAUGUAAUCCAGAGUCUGAAAGUUAAAUUUUAUGACUUUUUAUUGGGAAGAAAGUGUUUUUUCUCCUCCUAACAAAUUUUACAUUGAUUUUCAUCAUCAAUGAUAAUAGCUACCAUUUAUUGAACAUUUAUUAUAUGCCAACACUGGUCUAGGUACUUGAUAUGUUAUCUAAUAUGAUCUUCCACAAACCCUAUGAGAAAAGGUAUUAUUAUUACUCCUGUUUUACAUAUGAGGAAACGGAGGUUCUGAAAACAUUAAUUGCUUCAUGUUACUAAUGACUAAAAGACGACACCAGAAUUUGAACAUGGAUCUGGCUCCAGUGUUUAUGCUGUCAAACACUGCCUCUCAUUGAAUGAAAGUGAUACAACGCAUUGGGCUUAAAAUUUGAUGUUGAUAACCCUGGUGGCAUAGUGGCUAAGUGCUACAGUUGCUAACCAAAACGGUCAGCAGUUCGAAUCCACCAGGUGCUCCUUGGAAACUUUAUGAGGCAGCUCUCCUCUGUCUUGUAGGGUUGCUAGGAGUCGGAAUCGGCUCGACAGCACUGGGUUUGGUUUUUGGUUUGGUUUAAUACAGUGCAUUGGGCUUAGAAAUUGAUGUUGACUACUUGUUUAAUCAGCACAAUUAUUUAUGCAUCUACUUGUAGUAAGAGAACUUCAGUGAAUAAUUAUAGCCAUAGCACAUAGCAGCUAGGUAUAAUGGAAACAGCAUGACACUGGGAGACAGAAUAUUUGAAUUUAAAGUUUUGACUCUGCUACUUAUUAGUUCUGUGACUUUGGCAAGUCAGUUUACCUCUCUUGUGCCUAUUUUGGUCAUUCAAAAAUAGAAAUUAAUAAAACCACCUGUCCCGGUCGUGGCGAAGAUCAAAUUGAUAUAUCUAUUAAGUCCUUCGCAAAUACUUUUGAAAGAUUUGUAAGUGAACUAAUGAGUAUAUUUGACUAUUUGCCAUACACUUUCUUUAAGUAGUAAAUUUUCUGAGUGCUUUUUAAAAAAUUACUCGAUAUAUACAAACUUUAGUUUCCAGAGAACCACUGUUGACUUGCAGAGUGAUCUCAUAUAGAAAGGGGCUCUGUUUAUAAGACAAGCUUUUUUCCAUGAGAUGGCAUGGUUUUUGUGGGAUGAUUACUUCACAGUACCUUGUGAUACAAUUCUUGAUAGACAUUUCCAUCUCUGUUCUGGAAGAGUCAGAAAACAGGUUAAAUGUGUCACCUAGACCCAAAGUAAGUCAGUGCCAGAAUCAGAUGUAGAAUUCUUAAUUUAACCCCCAUUCCUGUGUACUAACUAGCUACCUGUGCAGUUCAGAGCUCCGUAUUUUCUAAGUUUAUUUCUGGUCCAACCUGAACAUAAGUAGAAGCCUUUCAUCCUUGAAGGCUGGUCAGCCCACUGUCCAUAAUGUCGUCUUUGACAUCAGAUGAACACUCAGUUAGAUGGAUGACUCUGAUGUGGGCGGUGUGGGAAGGUUGUAUUCCUGCCACUUAGCUGUGCUCCUCUAUAUCAAGGAAUGAGCGUUCCAUACCUUUCAUUCCAGUAUUGUUUAUUUUCCUUUGGGUUUAGGAAUUUUGAAACUUAACCCACCUAUUCCAAUGUUGGCUCAGGAUUAGUGACAGAAAUGGGUUGGAGCACAAUAAUUUUUGUGUGUUUUGUUACAGGUGUUCAACAAAGGUUGUUAAAGAAGCAGCUCAGAGUUCAGUGGAUAUCUUGAAAACCUUUUAAUUAUAUUUAUCACUACGGGAAAAAAAAAAAAGAAUGGCUAAAAAGAUUACUCUCACGUCUGCCGUGGCCUCUGUUUUGUGUGACACCUUAAACUCACCGGGGCUUCAAACUCAGAAGGACAGCCUGGUGAUCCUGGAUAUGCCCCAGCUCUAGUGAUGCAGGUUACCUUUCUGCUCCUGGGAUUUCAUCUGUGCCUCAGACUUUUCCCCCAGCUUGAGACUGCUUAUAAACUGGCAUGUGGAAACCCAGGAAGCACAGCUAGUGGCCACUGAGAGGGCCACGUCUGGGUAGAGCCAGGCCCGGACCACGAUGCUGCCUCUGCCCUGUUCUGGCGUUGAGCUGCAGUGGCUCGGCUGAUGCGUCCAGCACCAGGCCCUCGUUUGUGCUUAGAUGGCACAUCUGAAAAGAAAGGUGUGAGCAGCAAAGCCCAUGGCCACCUACCCCUGCCGAUUAUGUGGCAAGACAUUCCUCACCCUGGAGAAGUAUACCAUUCAUACUUAUUCCCACUCCAGGGAGCGGCCUUACAAGUGCUUGCAGCCUGACUGUGGCAAAGCCUUCGUUUCCAGAUAUAAGUUAAUGAGGCACAUGGCUACCCAUUCGCCCCAGAAAUCUCAUCAGUGUGCUCACUGUGAGAAGACAUUCAACCGGAAAGACCAUCUGAAAAACCACCUCCAGACUCAUGACCCCAACAAAAUGGCCUUUGGGUGUGAGGAGUGUGGGAAGAAGUAUAAUACCAUGUUGGGCUACAAGAGGCACCUAGCCCUCCAUGCGGCCAGCAGUGGGGACCUCACUUGUGGGGUCUGUGCCUUAGAGCUAGGGAGCACAGAGGUGCUGCUAGACCACCUCAAAGCCCAUGCAGAAGAAAAACCCUCUACUGGAACCAAGGAAAAGAAGCACCAGUGCGACCACUGCGAGCGAUGCUUCUACACCCGGAAGGAUGUGCGGCGCCACCUGGUGGUCCAUACAGGUUGCAAGGACUUCCUGUGCCAGUUUUGUGCCCAGAGAUUUGGGCGCAAAGACCACCUCACACGGCAUACCAAGAAGACACACUCACAGGAGCUGAUGAAAGAGAGUCUGCAGAAUGGAGACCUCCUGGGCACCUUCCACUCCAUCUCGCCUCCAUUUCAACUGAAGGCUGCUCCUCUGUCUCCUUUCCCUAUAGGAGCACCUGUGCAGAAUGGGCUUGCAGGUAGCUUAUCAGCUGAGGUACACAGCCACCCGCACUGUCCCUCAGAACAAAUCUCCCAGCCUGUGCAGGUCCUGCCAGAGCCCCUCCCCUCCCUCCACCCCUCAGCAUCUCCUAGCUCUCCUCCUCCAGCCCUCCCGAAUCAUAAGUACAACACCACUUCUACCUCAUACUCCCCGCUUGCAAAUCUGCCCAUCAAAACAGAUACUAAAGGAUUUUGCAAUAUCAAUCUGCUCGAGGACUUGCCUCUGCAAGAGCCUCAGUCACCUCACAAGCUCAACCCAGGUUUUGAUCUGGCCAAGGGAAGUGCUGGUAAAGUAAACCUGCCCAAGGAGCUGUCUGCAGAUGCUGUGAACCUAACCAUACCUGCCUCUUUGGACAUUUCCCCCCUUUUGGGCUUCUGGCAGCUGCCCCCUCCUGCUACCCAAAAUGCCUUUGGGAAUAGCACUCUCAGCCUGGGGCCAGGGGAACCUCUGCCCCAUAGAUUAAGCUGCCUAGGGCAACAGCAACAGGAACCCCCACUAGCCAUGAGCACUAUGAGCCUGGGUCAGCUCUCCCUGCCCGCUAUCCCCCAUGUGUUCCCUGCUGCCACUGGUCCUGCUAUCCUGCCUCAUUUCCACCAUGCAUUCAGAUGACUGGCUUUUCAAGUAUCCUUAUCCUGGAGAAUGUUUUAAGAAGCAUCUUAAACAUCAGUUGUAAUACAAGGAAGAUUAGAAAGCAGGACUGGGAAUAUAGGGCUUAUUCAGUAAUGGCUGGCUAGAAAUGAGUUCUCAUACUGCAUGUAUUGUGCCAAUCUGUGCUGUGUGUUAUGCUUCGUACCAAAUGUAACGCGCGCGUGUUCUUUAAUGAAAUAUCGUCAUAACAGACAUCCAAAACAAGGGCUGCUAUCUAUAAAUAGGUGUUUGUCAUAUUGAAUUUAACCGUAAGCCAUGAUCAUAAUAAUGUUAACUACAUAUAUAACUUUAUGUGGCAUUGCCUAGUAAAUGAACUAUGGAAAGGUUUGGCUUUCUUCAAGUCAGGAGAACUUUUAAAAUAAGAAAAUAGCCUUUAUAUGGUAUAUUAUAACUAGGCUGUGUAUUUCUUUUCAGGGAUUUUUCUACCUUCAGGGUUGGAUGUAGUUUAGUUACUAUUGCCAUAGCCAACCUGUAGUCUUAACAAAAACAAUUUCUUGUGGAACAAUAGAUUUCUACAUUUAAAAAAGCAUUUUAAGUUUAGUUUGUAUAUUUUCCACAAGAUGCUACUAUGUGAGUUAUCACUGACUUCAUUUAUCUUAAAGACUAAACUGUAUGUCAGUCAUGUCUGACAGAAAAAAAUUAAAAAAAAAAUCACUGUGUAACCAGGUUAAGGGUAAAAUAAUCUAGGCGUCAGCCAAGAAAGACAUUUUUGCUGACUUUAAUAUUGAUUAUAUUUUUAACAGGAAUUUAUAAAAAUAUUACUGGAAUUUUAAAUAUUUUAAGACUUUCUUUGCUGUAUCUGGCUUAAACUACUACUCUGCUUAAAUAUUGUUUUUAAUCACAAAUAAAAGCAUCUUUAAUUCAUUAA